GAAAGCCGGAGCCCUGGGCGGGGAGCGGGGAGACCUCAGAGCUUCCUCUGGACCUGGGCAGCAUGGCUAAAGCUUGUGGGCUGCCGCUGAGCGGGCAGGCCCGCAGACAGGUGGAUUUGUUUCGGCAAAAGCUCUUCCAGGAGGCUGAGGAGUUCCUCUCAACCUUCCUACCACAGAAAAUCAUAGAACUACAUCGGCUUUUGAAGGAGGACUCCUUCAAUGUGGUUGACCUAACCUCCCUUCGAGCACCAUUGGACAUCCCUAUUCCAGAUCCUCCACCCAAGGAUGAUGAGAUGGAGACAGACAAACAAGAGAAGAAAGAAGUCCCCAAGUGUGGCUUCCUCCCAGGAAAUGAGAAAGUCCUGGCACUACUUGCUCAAGUUAAGCCAGAGGUUCUCACCCUCAAAGAGAAGUGUAUUCUGGUGACCACCUGGAUCCAACACCUGAUCCCCAAGAUUGAGGACGGCAAUGAUUUUGGGGUAGCCAUCCAGGAAAAGGUUCUAGAACGAGUGACAGCAGUGAAAACCAAAGUGGAAAGCUUUCAGACAGCCAUUGCCAAGUACUUCUCUGAACGUGGAGAUGCUGUGGCCAAGGCCUCCAAGGAGACUCAUGUGAUGGAUUAUCGGACCUUGGUACAUGAACGAGAUGAGGCAGCCUAUAGGGAACUUAGGACCAUAGUGCUGGAUCUCCGUUCUUUCUAUGCUGAGCUCUAUCACAUCAUCAGCAUCAACCUAGAGAAGAUCACCAACCCAAAGGGUGAAGAGAAGCCAUCUAUGUACUGAGCCCCAGGGUCAUAAUGGAAAUAAAUGAUCUUAACUCCUUUAACAAA